AUCAUUGCUGAGAAAGAACGUGAGCUGCUGAAGACGGUAGUUUGUCAGUGUUCAGUCCUCUUCGUUAUUAAGUUACCCAAGCCUGACCAGCUGUACAGGCUAUGACGACCUCGUCGCAUGAUAAAAGGGAGGCAAUUUCGGCCACAAGCUGUCAAAACAUCACGAUUUCUUGAACGCCUUCAGCUAUGCUAUAACUCUUUAAAAGAAGUCGACCGUAAAAAAAAGUACUUUGCCGUCGUAAUAGAUUAACUAUGACUUACAAUUUCGUUGUUGGAGCCGACAGAUACAACUUUUUUUCAUAACUUGGGAGUAAACCGAACGCUGUUUUAGCAAAACGUUUUAAAACUAUUUUCGUUUAUAAAUAUAUCAGACAAACAGGAUGUUUUGCCAAUUGCGCCGAGAAGAAAUUGCUCGCUUUGACAUUUAGCUGUAUUGUUAUGCAAAAGAUUAUGGUAAAUUCGUAAUGAACCUGCCAAUAUGCAGAAUAGCCGUCGAAGCUUCUCGCUACAAUCGGCACUCGCAGCAACUCGGCGAAACAGUGAUGGCGGUCUAUGCGGUCUUGAUAAUCUUCCUGGUCUCAUAUGUUGUUAAUAAGAUCGAUGCAACCUCGUAUGCAAGUCUUAGCUCCGCCGAUGAAAACUUCAAGCUACAAUGGACCUACAAUAGCAGCAAGUUUAUAUUCAAGAUGACUUGCAAAACCACAGGCUGGUGUGCUGUGGGAUUCACCACCACUGCUGAUGGAAGAGGCAUGGUCGAUUACGAUAUAGCGGUUGCUGGGUACGCUUCUAGUGCGGGUUAUAUUGAUGAUCGUUGGAGUAUCUCGAGAACCCAGCCUUCAAAUGAUACAGAGCAAAACUUCAACCUCAUGAACGCAACUGAACAGGACGGACAGACCAUGGUGGAGUUUUCCAGAGACGCGCUUACGGGCGACACUGCCAAUGAUGUGCAGUUUAAGAAUGAUACUGAAGUCAAAGUUGUAUAUGCUUACAACACCAGCAGUGAUGCAAAUGGUGGCCUACGUUCAAAGCACACUAACAGAGGGAUUUUAGAUGGAAAGCACAACCUGAUACUGAUGGCAAUAUCCGCCAUGCAGCCAUCUUCCACAAUGAUGCCUCCAACU